AUGCUUGAAGGAUAUCUUGCUUCUGUUCUUAAUAGAUAUGUGGGAGAGUACUUAGAAGAUUUAAAUACCGAUCAAUUGUCAAUCGCAUUGUUAUCAGGACAAGUUGAAUUAGAAAAUGUGCCUUUAAAAAAAACUGCUUUGUCAAAAUUUGAUGUUCCUGUAGAUGUUAAAAGUGGUAUUGUUGGUAAGCUUUCUGUUACAAUACCAAUCACAGCUUUAAGAAGUGAACCAUGGGUUAUUAAAUUAAAUGAUGUCUUUAUAUUAUUGGGGCCUUCAGAAAGACAAUUUUUAGGUAAAGAUCAAGAAGAAAAAGAAAUUAAAAGAAAAGAAGAUUUGUUAAAAGAUCUAGAAGAAACUCACAAAAAAAUUAUUUUAAAAAAAGCAAAUUUAUUGUCCAAUGAAAAUGAAGGAAAAAAUCAAUGGUGGGGUACUUCUAUUUUAUCAUCUAUAGUAAAAAAUAUUCACUUAAUUAUAACAAAUAUUCAUAUAAGAUAUGAGGAUAAUAAAACAAUAUCUCAAGAUAUAAAAUUUAGUUUUGGUUUAAAAAUAAAAAAAAUAAAUAUUUAUACAACAGAUGAACAGUGGCAAAUGGGUUUUGUUUCUAGUGACAGUAAUAUUUUCUCAUAUAAAAAACUUAAUAUUGAUGGUGCCUCAAUGUAUUGGAAUACAUAUGAAAAACAGUUAUUAGAUGUUAAAACGUUAGAUGAAUUAAAAAAUUUUUUUUCGAGUCAAACUUUUAAUGAUAAUUCAAAUAUUAUCAAACCAUUUGAUCUAAAAAUUAAAAUUACAAAAAAUAAAAGUAAAUUACAUCUUAUCAGUGAAACAAAUCCAAGGUUCAAAUUUGAUAUACUUCAAAAAAAAAUGAAUAUUGAUAUUACUAUUCAUCAAUUAAUUCAAAUGAAGAUUCUUACAAAUGAAUGGAAAAGAUUUGAUCGUGCUAAAAAUUAUAGAAAGUGGAGACCAAAGAAUGAAAUUUAUGGAAAUGCUGUUUUAUGGUGGAAGUUUGCCAUUGGUAGAAUUAUUGAUAAUAUAAAAAAAAAAAAUUUAAGAAAUACAUGGGAAUAUGUUUUAUCAAAAACAAGAAUAAUAAAUAAAUAUUCAUUUUUAUAUAAAAAAAAAUUAAUAUUAUAUUUAAGAGAUGAAAUUAAAAAUAAUAAAAAACAAGAAGUAUUUAAAUAUUUUGAUACACUCAAUGAAUUUGUUGACCUUGAUGAAUGUAAGAAAGAAACAUUUUAUAUUAAACAGAUAGAAAGAGAUACUCAAAUGGCUUAUUCUACACUAAGUAUCUUACGAGAUUGUGUUUGCAAAAAGUUAAUAAAUAAUAUAGAAUUUUAUAUGAAUCUCCAAAAAAUUAAUAUUGAUAAAUGUCUUAUAGAUAAAACAAUUAAUGUUUCAGGAAUCAGCAUGGUGAAUGAUUUUCCUGUAAAAAUAAAUGGUGAAGUAUCAAGCACUAAUGAAAAUACUUCAAAUUUGUACAACUGGUUUGCGAGUUGGUUUCCAAAAGUAGAAAACAAUUACGAUAAAUCAAUUGAAAAAAAUGACAUUAUAAAUCUUAAUAAUGAUAAAAAUUUUCCAAUUUUUAAAUCACGCGAAUUACCAGCUAAUUUUAAAAAAGUUGAAAAAAAAAUGGAAGAAGAUUUGUUUGAAGCUCUUAAUGAAAUGUUAGAUGACUCUGCUAUUUUUGUGCGAGAUAAAAUUUUAGCUGUAUUAAGUGCUAAAGUGGAAGAUAUAUCUUUAAGAAUAUUUAUUGAUAAUUCUGAAAAUAGUGAUUGUAAUAUUUUUUUAGUAGAUUUAUCAAAAGUUUCUUUUGAUAUUCAGUUGUCAGCUCGUGAACAUAAGUCAACUAUUUUAUUAAAUGUUGGAGAUUUUAACAUUCAGUGUACAAAAAUUAGUUCUCAAGACCGUGAUCAAAUAUCAAUUUUGAAUGAUUCUAAUUACAAUGUUUUUAAUGAUACAAUUUUUAAUAGUUCUGCUCAAAUUUUAUUUACAAUUAGACGAUCAAAAAUAAAUUUGGAAGGAUAUAAUUUUAUCGAAAAAAAUAUUCCUUUGGUUUCAAUGACUUAUUCAAGAUUCUCUCCUAAGACAACUGUUUUUCAUAGUUUAAACGCAAAGUUUUGUCCUUUAUCUAUUAUUAUUGAUGAAUCAUCAAAAGAAAAUUUUUUAACUAUACUUAAUUUAUGUAGUUAUGAUGAUAGUAAUAUUAAAAAAUUUUAUGACAAUCAAAAUGAAGAACUUAUUUAUAAUCAGAAUAAUCAUUUUUAUUGUUCUAUUAAAAUUCCAUUAAUUGAUGUUAUACUUAAAACUAAAAAAAAAAAUUUAUUUAAUCAAAAUAUUAACAAUGAAAAAAGUGAAAUAUUUGUAACACUUGCUAUUGAGGGUGCUAGUAUUGGAGUUUCAAGAACAGAAGAAUAUUUAACUAAAUAUAAAAUUGGUAUUAGAAAUUUGUGUCUUCGAGAUUUUUAUGAGAAAAAAUUUUCCAAAUUACUUGAAGUAACAGAUCAUCAAAGUCAAUUCUCCAAUAGAAAAAGAUCAAAUUCUUUUCCUGGAAGUGCUUUGUCUUUAAUUAAAUUUAAAGAAGAAACCGAUUCUUAUUUUGAUAUUUCAAAUAAAUAUUCUAGAACUAUGGAUAAUGAAGAUAUUCAUAUACGAUAUAAAGGAUGUUUUAAUGAUAAAUUUUCUAGAUACACUGAAGAAGAUUUUGAAAUAUCAGAUAAUGACCAACUAAUAAUAACAAUUAUACACGUUCAAAGAAGUCAUCAUCAGUUUUCUUCACAUUACAAAGAAAUCGAGUACAAUAUCGAAAUGGAAGUUUCAUAUUUAGAUAUUGAGAUGAACCGAUUAACUUGGGUUAUUAUUCAAGACAUUCUCGGUUUUUUACCAAGAAAUUCAAAUAAAUCUGAAUCUUCUUUUAGCGAUGAUUGGGAACUUCAAGAAUUACUUAUACAAGGAUUACAUGAGUUAGAUCCAACUUUCUGUAUAAAAGAAGAGCAUUCAACAAAAAUGAGAAGUAUGACUGUAAAUGAAACAAAAAAUAAAACAAUGCUAUUGUUAUCAAAAAAUAUUCUUUUAAAUCUAAAUGUGCAAGAAAUAAAACUUUUGAUGAAUUUACCUAAAAAUGAAUAUUCUUUAGGUACUAUAUAUUCAGGCAAAGUACAAUUUAAUAUGAUCUUAGACAUAAAUAAUGAAGAAUUACCAAUAGAAAUGAUAUUAAAAAUGAAUUAUUUAAAAGUUGACAAUUUAAUACCUACUUAUAAUAAUUUAUACAAACAAGUUUUUUCUGUUGAAAAAAACAAAUCUCAUAAUAAUAAUGUUUCAUUCAUUGAAACUAAAAUUAUAAAAUAUAGAAAUUAUGAUCAUAAUUUAGAAAGGCCUUUUGAUAUAAAAAUAGAUGUGUCAAUUGAUGAAACAUUCAAAUUCGCCUACUUACACAUUCAUAAAUUUUUUGAUCUUGUUACCGAUUUUUGGAUUAAUUAUGUUGAUUUACUUGAUCAAUUUACUCAAGAAGAAAAUAGUAAUAUGUAUAAUAAUGGAAAUUUAUUAUCAAGAAUCUUACUUGAUUUUAAAAUUAAUUGUUCAGGUUUUGUUGUUUUGCCUUCAAAUCAAUUUUCUCCUAAAUGUAUUAUGAUGAAAAUGGAAAAAGUUGAAGUGUCAAACAAAUUUAUUUUAGCAUCACAAUUAAAAUACAUGGAUGAUUAUGACAUUAAUAGAAAUAUUUUACAGGAUAAUUAUGAUUGUCUAUUUGAUAAUAUUGAUAUAUUUGUAUCUGAUUUAGAAGUUUUUGAAGGAGAAAAGAUAUCAAAAAAUUCAAAAAUAUUUUCAAAUCGAGAAAAAUUUUUUGAUGGUUUAAAAGAUAUUUUUUUUAAUGUUAAUUUAAAAUCUAUUCUUAGUAAAAAAUAUCAAACAAAAAUUAUUUUUGGAAGAAAUUUAUCAAGUUUAGUAAGCCAAAAUGCACCUAAUAUGACGUCAGUUUUAUUAUUUGAAAACGUGGAUAUUACCUUAACAACAGAAUUUUACAAAUUAAUUCAGGCAAUUUUACAAAAUAAUCUUGGUGAUAAUAGAGAAUUUGAUGUAAAUAUUAUGCCAUUGAAAUACAAAAAUAAUACUUCAUUAAAUUAUUGUGAUGAAUAUAUAGAACAAUGUAUUAAUAUUUCAUCUAGAAUACAAUUUUCUAAUUCAAACAUCAAAUUAUUGGUACCAUCAAAUACAGUUAAUGAUUGGGAUCAUUUUUGUACAAUUUCUUGUGCUGAUGCUACUCUAAGUUUUGAUGGUUUUGUAAAAUUUCAAUGCGAAAUUAAUUUUACUGCAUAUUCUGUUGAAUUUUUUGAUACAAGAUUUAAUUCAAUUCAAAAUAACUUAAACAAAGAAAUAUUUUCAAAAUUACUUUAUCCAAAAAAUAAUGUUGAUAAUUCAAAGAGGCAAGCUAUUUGGGAGAUGCAUAUUUUUAAUAAAAAUUGUGACCCUCCUAUUAUAACUUUUGUCCUCCAAAAAACAAGGCUUCUAUUUUUACCAGAUUGGUUUUUAACACUUAAAGAAUUCCUUUUAUUAGAAGAUGAUUUUGUAUUUGAAGAUGUCUCUCAAAAUACUUCCAAAUUUAUAAAUAAUUUUGAAAAUGAUAAUAAUCAAUUAAGAAAAAAAAGUAUUUUUGAUAUGCAUAAUGUAAGACAUACAGUUACUAUGAAAGCACAACUUACAGAUUCUGAUAUUAUUUUUAUUGAGAAUUUUAAUGAUCCUAAGACUUUAGCUAUUAUAUGUUCUACAACUUCUGUCCUUCAGUUAAGUGAUAAAAUGGGAUUUAUUGAGGCAGAAUUAAUUAUACAAAAAAUGGAAAUUUCAUGGUGUAUAUUUGUUGAGGAAAAUGAUACUAUUUGUGUUUUAUCAACUCCAUUCAAUGUUGAAAUAAAAAUUGGUACAAUGUCAAAAAAUUUAUUAUCUAAUACUUUAAUAUCUUCUUCAUCAUAUAAUGACAAUUUUAAUCAAGAUUUAUUGGAGUAUUACAUUACAUCUAAAAUUGAUAAUUGUAGUUUUAGAUUAUCAUAUAAAGAUUCACUAGUAGUUAUGAAUGUUUUAAAUGGUUCAAUGAAAUUAUUUGAUACAUGUUUUUCUCAAUUACAUUGGGUACCAAUUCCUAAGGAUAAUGCUUUAGCUUUUAAUAUGAUAAAAAUUAAAAGUAUAAGUUGUACCUUAUCUGAUUGUUCCUUAUGGAUUCUAAAUGAUUUUGAUGAACCAACUUUGCCAAUAAUAAGAUUAUCAUCAGUCAAAUGGAAAGUUAUUUUUAUCGAGAAAAAAUUUACUUCAGAAGGAAUAUUAUCAAUAGAAUAUUUUAAUCAUAGACUUUCAGGAUGGGAACCUUUCUUAGAACCUGUUGAAAUAUCAAAUUUUAAUUUUGAAUAUCAAGAUAUAAAAUCAAUUUACAAUGAAUUUAAAGUUUCCCCAAAAAGUUGUAUGAAUUUUAACAUAACUACACAUUUGAUUCAACAAUUUAAAAGAUUUUUAAAAGAUUUUUCUCAUAUUAAGAAAACAGUUGAUACAAACUUUAGAAAUUUAUGUGGAAAUGGAAGACCUAAUAAUAUGUCUUAUGUAAUAAAAAAUAAACUUGGAUGUGUGAUGUAUUUUACCACAGAAAUAAAUAAAUUACUUAAUAAAGAUGAAAAAUGUCGAAAAAGUGUCAAGUGGUAUCAUGUUGAAGCUGAUCAAGAACUUUCAUUCUCUCUUCCUGUUGAUAGAAAUCAUUUAUAUGGUUCUGAUUGUACUGAUUACUCUAGGUUAGUUUUAUCAAUAGAUGAAUAUGAAGAAUUACAACCAAUUAAUAUUGAUACUGUAAGAAUAUAUAAUAUAAGUACCAAAAAAAGUAUAAAUAUAAAUCAAAAUAUAAAAUCAAAAUUUACAAAAUUAUUAGUUACUAUUAGUAUAGAUAAUAAUGGAAGAAAAGCUAUUGAUGUUAGAACUGCUUACUCAAUAACUAAUUAUCUUAAUGUACCUAUUUUAUUAAAAAUUGGAAAUUUUUUAAAUGAUGACAUAGAUUGGAAUGAUGUACGAAUAUUUCCAAAUCAAAAUUAUUUUAUUCCUCUUAAAUAUGUACAUUCAAAAAUAUAUUGUCAACCUAUAUUUAAUGAAGAAAAUUUAUCUUCUUCAUUUCCAUCAGAUUAUUUAGAAAUAACAUUAAAUGAAAAACAAUAUGAAGAAAAAAUUGUUCCUUCUUUAUUUAAAAAAUUUACUCAAGAUAAGAAAGAGAUUUAUGCUUUAUUAUCUAAAUAUUCAGAUGACAAAAUAUCUACCAAAAUAAUUCCAGGAUUAAAUAUUUAUAUUUAUCCACCAUUAUUUAUAAGAAAUCAAUUACCAACUGAUAUUUAUUGUAAUGUUAAUGGGCAAAAUAUUUUUUGUCAAGCUGCUGAUAUGAUAUCAUUGACAAAUAUUAAUGUUAAUGAAAAUGUAUCAUUAAAAUUUAUGACAGAUCGCCUUGAAUCUAUUAAUUUACUUGAAAUAUCAAGAAAUCAUAUUUUAAAAUUACAAGAUCGUCACUCAAAAUCAAUUGUAAUUAAAAUGAUAGAUGAAGUGAGAAGAGAAAUUAAUAUUUAUGCUGAUGUAUCUUUAACAAAAAAUGAAUCAAUUAUUAUUGUUCUUUGGGUACCAUAUUGGGUUGUCAAUAAAUCAGGAAUUCCUUUAAUUAUUAAAAAACAUGAAGCUUUAGAUGAUAUACCGGGUCAGUCAUUAGAACAUGAACAAGGAAAAGAUAGAAUUCCUUUAAUGGUAUCAUUUAAUGUUGAUGAUGAGAUACAAAAAUGUAAUUUAAGAAUUGGUAGAACAUAUCUACCUGAUAAAGAAUAUUUUCCUGAAUAUUCUGAUUCUUUUAAAUUGACACCCGGAGAACAGUCACUUGUUUUAUAUAUGAAACAUCAAAAUAAACCUACCCUAAUUUAUAAUGUUGGUAUUGAAGUUAGACAGGGAACAGGACGUUACAAAAAUACUCAAGUUGUAAUUUUUACUCCAAGAUAUUUAUUAAUUAAUCGAAGUUCUUAUAAUAUUUAUCUUAGUCAUGUUGAUGAUACUAAUUCAACAACAAAUAAUAUUUUAAAAUCAAAUUCAAAUAUAAUAUGGAAUGAAUCAUUUGAAGGUAAUAGAAUGAUUUGUAUUAAACGUCAUGAUGUUAAACAUUGGAGUCAACCAUUUAGAAUUGAUCAAGUUGGUUCUUAUUUUAUUACAAUGCGUGAUUAUGAUGAGACACCAAACUUUGUUAGAGCUGAAAUUACACUUAAUAAUGCACGAUUUUGUAUAACAUUUUCAAAUACAGAAUUUUAUCCACCUCCAAUACAAAUUAUUAAUGAUUCAUCUAUUCCGGUAUUAUAUCAACAAUUGACAAAAAAUUCAAUACCAAAUCAUUUGAAAUCUAUUUGUAAAGGGCAUACUAAAAUUGACUAUGCUUGGGAUUUUUUAUAUGAUCAAAAAUUAUUAACUCUUCAAGUUUAUAAUAACUCAAGUCAUUCAUAUGAUCCUUCUAAAUCAACAAUUGGACCAUCAUUAUGUUAUGAAAAUUAUUCAUUUAUCUUUUUAGAAUCAUCAAUGUCAGAGUUAGUCAAAUCAAAUACAUAUAAUAAUUUAAUUGAUGGUUUAGUUUUAACUGUAGUUGAUUCAAAUUAUAUAAAAUUAAUGCCAAUAAAAAAAAAUGGAAUUGAUUUAAAACAAUUAUGGAAUUUUAGUCCUGAAGGGGUAAUUGAAAGUGUUGGAGUAAAUAAUUUUGAACCAAAUUCAAGUAAUAAUUAUGUUUUAGAUCUUCAUUAUUCAGGAACUGAUUAUAAAUUAACCGUUAAAUUAAGACAAAAGUCUAGAAAUAAAACUCAAAUAUGGAAAUUUGAUGAAGAAGGUAGAUUUUCAUGUGGAAUUUCAAAUGGAUAUUUGGCUAGAAAUAUCAAAAAUUUCCUAGUAAUUAGUUCUAUUCAAAAUUAUAAUACUACUGAUAGUAUAUUUAAACGAAUGUAUCAAAAAGAAGGUACUGGUGUUCUUAAUGUUCAAUGUAGUCAUAUUGGUCCUACAUUAGUAGUAAGAAUUUUUUUUCCUGAUUCACAUCAUAUGAAUGAAUCUUUAGUCUCAAAUAAUAAUGAACAAAAGUAUGAAAUAAAUAUUCUUAUACCAAAUGGUAUAGGAUUUUCUUUAAUAAAUGCCUCUCAUGAAGAAUUAUUUUAUGGAAGAUUUAAAGGUGUAUACUUGAAUUUAAUAAAAAACAAUAAUUCAUAUAUGUGUAGUUUUAAUGUUCAUACUGUACAAAUUGAUAACCAAUUAAAUGAAACUCAAAAUUUUAACUUUUUUUUCUGUAAAGCUUCUAAAGAAAAAGAAAGGAUGGCUAAAUUUAAUAGUAAUUCUUCUUUAUCUCAAGAUCAGGAAAUAAUGUAUUGUUUGGCAUCACCAGCAAUGAAAAUUGAAUUAAAUUAUACAUUAAGAGAACAUUAUGAUUCUUUUGAAUGUUUUAAAAUAUUAUUUUCAAAUAUUGAUAUAAAUUUAGAUGAACAAUUGUUAUGGAAAUUUAUUGAAUUUAUACAAGAAUCUGGAACAGCUGAAAGUGUGAUGCAAGUUAAUUUACUUCAACCACCAAAUAUAGAUUUAGAUAAUGUUGAUAAUUUAUCAAUGAGACGAUGUUAUUUUGGAAAUUUAGUUUUAAAUAUUGGAAACAUUUCACUUUCUGUUACAACUAUUCCUAUAAAUGCAAUGUCAAAAAAAUUACAAAAAAUUAAACAGAAUUUUAAUAUAAGAUUAAUGAGUUUUGAAAAUGCUUCAAUAACAUUACCUCCAUUUGUACAAAGACAUACAUUUGAAACAAUAAGUUUCUUGGUAGAAUGUUUAAGAAAAUUUUAUAUGAAUGAAUUGUAUACACAAACAUUAAAUAUCAUUGUUUCACUAGAUGCUUUUGGGAAUCCUUUAGGUUUAGCUAUGGAUAUAAAAGAUAGUUUUCAAACAUUAAUUUUUGAAGGAAAUGUUAGCGGUUUUGUAAGUGGAUUUAGUUAUGGGGUAGCAAAUAGUUUUUCAAAAGUUAUUUCAUCUAUGGCAACAGGUGUUGGAGCAUUAAUUACUGACAAAGAGUAUGAAUUAAAAAGAAGAAAAGCUAUUAAAGUUAGUGAAAAUUCAAAUGAAAAAAAUCCUUUGACUCAUUUAUAUUCUGGUUUCAAAGGACUAGGUACAGGAGUAAUUGGGGGUGCAACAGCAAUUGUUGGAAAUACAAUGAAAGAAACACGAAGUAAAGGAUUAUUUGUUGGUUUAGUAAAAGGAGUAGGUACGGGUGUUGUAGAUACUGUAACAAAACCAGUUCAAGGUGUUUUUGAUUUCAUUGGUGGAACAGCUACAGCAAUGAAAGAAGUAGCUGGUAGUGGUCAUAUCAAAAAACAGUAUAUACCAACAAAAAGACUUCGGCCUUUUAGAGUUUGUAAUAAUCUUUAUGGAUUAUUACAACCAUACAGAAUAGAAUAUGCUAAAGCUCAACAAUUAAUAUCAUCAAAAUUAAAUAAUUCAUCUUCUAAUAGUAUUUUACUUGAAAUUGAAACAUAUCAUGAACAAAAGAUUGGUAAUGAAUGCAUUCAAUUAUGUGCAUUAAUUUGUUCUGACAAAACUUAUUUUCUUGAAAAGAAUAAUGGAAAUUAUACUAAAAUUAUUAAUAUUUUGGAUUUUAAAUAUCUUGUUUCUUAUCCUCCACUUAUUCCAGAAGAAUUAGAAAAAUUUGAUAAAACUAAAAAUCAUUCAGUUAUUAUUGCAUCAUUACAUGAUUCAAAAACUGAAAAAAUAAUUACCAUAAAAAUAAUGGUUUAUUCUUACGAAAAGGCUCAAAUUUUAUGUGAUAAAUUAAAUAGAGCAAAAGAAUUAUAUGAUCGCGCUUCAAAAAAUAUUUAA